GUGCUGCAGUCAUGGGUGAAGUUCUGGAACAGUUCUUCAUUUUAGUAGGGUUGUUGGUGUUUCUGGUUUACCUGAUGAAGUAUUUGAGAUUUUCCAAAUUCAUUUUUCUGCGGUUCUGGAAUAUUCUGCCGAGGUUUUUCUUGAAGUCCAUGGGACAGUGGGCAGUGAUCACUGGAGCAGGUGAUGGGAUUGGGAAAGCUUAUUCUUUUGAGUUAGCAAGACAAGGACUCAAUGUUGUGCUUAUUAGUCGGACAAUGGAAAAACUACAGGCUGUUGCUGCAGAGAUUGAACAGAUGACUGGAAGCAAUGUGAAAAUUAUACAAGCAGAUUUUACCAGAGAUGACAUCUAUGAGCAUAUUGAGGAAAAUCUUCAAGGCUUAGAAAUCGGAAUUUUAGUCAACAAUGUUGGAAUGCUUCCCAACCUUUUCCUAACCAGCUUCCUUGAUACAGCAGAUCAAAUGCAGAAUCUCAUCCACUGUAACAUCACCUCCGUAGUGAAGAUGACACAAAUAGUACUGAAACACAUGGUAUCAAGGCAGAAAGGGCUCAUCCUGAACAUUUCUUCAGGUGUGUCCCUCUUUCCCUCGCCUCUGUACUCCAUGUAUUCAUCUUCUAAGGCAUUCAUGCGCUCAUUUUCCAAAGCACUACAGGUGGAAUAUAAAGAACAAGGAAUAAUUAUCCAGGUGCUGACUCCAUAUGCUGUUUCCACCUCAAUGACAAAAUACCUGAACACUAACAUGUUAACCAAGACCGCUGAUGAGUUUGUUAAAGAAUCACUGAAAUAUGUCACAUUUGGGGAUGAAAUCUGUGGCUGCCUUGCCUAUGAAAUCUUGGCAAACUUUCUGAACCUGAUGCCAUCCUGGGUUCUUUGUAGCAGUCUAUUCCAGAAGAUGUUCCUGUCAUACUAUGUCAACUACCUGAAGAAGAACACCAACAUGAGUUAAUCCAGGGGGCUGAGGCCCCACACACCACUGCCUUUUUCACCAGUUCAGAUGGCAACAAAAGACCAGUGAGCUGACCCAGCACCACCCACUUCCUGUAGCUAAAGCCAUGGCAACUAGAAUACAGCCUUCGGAACAUUUCACUGGAGUUUGGAGAUCUUUGGAAAACCAUGUGCUGUGCAAUGAUGUUUUCUGGUUUUUGGGUGUGAGAAAGCAAGGGGUGUGUGGGUAAAAUUGGAAGAGUUUCUACAGUGGAUUAUGAGUAUAUGGUGAAAAGAAAGCCUUUGAUUCUUUGAGUACUGAGUGUAAUAGACUUGCGAAGCUACUUCUGUACUUAGAUGAAAGAAUGAUUGAGGUAAUUAAAUUAAUCAAAAGCUG